GCUGAUCUACGAGCUAGUUCUGUGUUUGCGUGUCCACUUGGAUUUCUAUUGCCACUAACCCUCUUUCACAGCCAAACGGUCUUCACUCCACCUCCCCCUGCACCCCCCUCCACAUGUGUUUCUGCUGCUGCGACUGCUGCUGCUGCGACUGUCUGCUCAUCGUCCUCGCUGUGUUGUUCCCUCCGCUGCCCGUGUGCAUCAAAAAGGGACUCUGCUCGUGCGACUUCCUCAUCAACGUCUGUCUCUGUCUCUUAGGAUGGAUUCCCGGCAUGCUGCACGCGUGGUACAUCAUCCUCGAAAACCCGGACAAGGUGCGUGUUGACGACGAGGAGAGACAGAUCUUCAUCGUCUCGCCUUCGCAGACCACCCACGUGGUGAUCAACAAGCAGCCUAACCAGACCCGCAUCAAGUUCAACCACCCGGAACCCUUUCUAGAGAGCAGCAGACACAACUCGCAGAACUCCGAGUUCAACAACAACAACCUGCUCAACUCCAACAGCUUGAGUCCUCGCUCAAACACCCCGCUCAUGAAAUCGCAGAGGAGCCAGUACGUCGCCUCCCCGCUGAGCCGUGUGGAGAACAGCUACGGUGCUGUCGGCCCCAAUGAGGGCUCCAGCAACUACAAUUUCAACUACAACGACAACGACAACGACAACAACGAUGACGGCGAAGGGCCUCCAAGCUACGAAAACGUGAUGAACGAAACCGCCAAACAAUACAGAUAGUCCUUCACACUACCCGGCGUAGGCACUGUCCGGAUUUAUAUAUGAUACUAUUCCCUUCACUUCGCAUCUUCCUCUCGUUUUUUGUUUUUAAUAGCACUUUUUUGGGUCAUCAGCUUCUUGUAUACUAUUUAGCCACUUAUUAUCUACUUCUCUUCCGUGAACGCAAGAAAUAGUAUUUUUCCUCGCAACGUAAGAAAUUUCACAGUGA